ACUGUUUUCAGCAAGUUAACCACUACUCCAACAUGAAAUUCAUCAUCCUCGCCGCCCUUUUCGCUGUCGCUGCCGCCGAUUCUUACAGGUCAGCCGAAUACGCUCCCAAGUACGAAGCUCCGGCAUACAAAUCUACAUAUGAAGCCAAAUACGAGACUCCCCAACCUUACGACUUCAGCUGGGCCGUCAAUGAUUACUACAACGACUACGAACACUCUGAGAAGAGUGUCGACGGCAAUGUCGUAACCGGAUCAUACCGCGUCGUCCUUCCCGACGGCCGCACCCAAAUUGUCACCUACAAGGCCGACAGCUACGGAUAUGUCGCCGACGUCAAGUACACCGGUGAAGCCAAGUAUCCCGAAUACGUCGCAUCCAACUACAAAGCUACCACCUACUCCGCCCCAGCUUACAAACCCACCGCUCCCACCUACUCCGCCCCAACUUACAAGCCCACUGCUCCCACUUACACCGCUCCCACAUACUCUGCCCCGGCCCCGGCUUACACCGCCACUCCGGUCUACAAAGCCCCCGCAGUCCAGCCCCAGUACUAAAUUGAAAGUUGAUUCAAACCACUGAAAUGUCUGUAUCUAAACUUAUUAUUUAAUAAAAAAAAUUCAGUUAGA